AUGGAUUUUCUUGAUAGUGAAAUCCUGGCACUAGUUGAAGAUCUUGAGGAAAAUAGUACUGGAGCAGCAGCAUCAGAUCCACCUCGUCGUCAUCAGAGCAAUACUGACCAACACCAGCAAACUGUCAAGCGUCGCAAGCGUCGAAGGACAUCCAAUGUUGAUUCUGACAGCGAUGGCGAAUAUGGUAAGCAAGGAACAGACCGGAAUGCCAGACGUCGGAAUGGAGCUGCAUCGGAAUCGAAAAGCAAAGCACAGGAUUUUGAUGAUUCUGAUGAGCCUGCAGAAUAUAAUCCAGGAUAUGAGUUUGAUGAAGAUGUCGAUAAUGUCGACGAUGGCGAUGCUUCGGAUCCAGAAUGGUCAGAAGCUAGGACUUGGAGCACAACUGAUUUAAUGGGCGAUGCAGAUGAUCGAAAGCGUCUUAUGAUGCUAUCAGAACUUGAAAGGGAAAUGGUAUUAGCCGAUCGCCAAAAAAAGUUGGAUGCGCUACGAGAACGUACCAUAUUAAGGCGACGUCUAAAUCUCCAGUCAGGACUGAAACGCAACAGUGGUGAUUUACGCGGUCAACGUGAACGGUCUGAGCGUGAUCGUGCAGGCAAAAAGACAUUUGAUACUCUUAGACAAAAGCGAGAGAGUCGUGAAAAAGAACGAUUGGCUCGAACUUACGAUGAGGAUGAAAAUGGUAGUGACGAUGGCUACAAGCGUUCAAAAGCUCCUUCAUAUAGUAGCCACAGCGAGGACGAAGGAACUGGUUCAAAUUUAGCUUCAUCACUUCCAGCUGCAGCUAAUAUUGAAGAUAUUCGAAGCAUUGUGGUAACUCGAGAUGAGCUUGAGCGAUGGGUUCAUGCAGAUUUCUUUUCCAGUACAAUUAUUGGCUGUUUUGUUCGUAUUGGUGUUGGGAAUGAUCCGAAUACUCGUGAGCAGGUAUACCGGCUUGCCCGAGUUGUAGAGACACCUGCAUAUCAUCGAGUAUAUCGACUUGCAGGUACUCUGACAAAAAUUGCACUUAAAAUUGCCCAUGGAAAAGCCACUAAAACAUUUCUAAUGGACAUUGUUUCAAACCGGCCUUUCACGGUGUCCGAGUGGAAUAGAUAUGAGCAAACAAUGCAAAUAGAAAAGCAGUCAAUGAUCACGGCAGAUCAGGUUCGAAGAAAGAAGCGUGAUUUGCAGUCGGCACGAGAGCAUAUUUUCACCAACGAUGAAAUCAACACAAUGAUCAAACGCAAAAAAACAUUGAUCAAAGUGCCUGCCAACAUUACUCUUGAAAAACUACGAAUCAAACAGGCUCUUCAAGUUGCUGAGGAAAAGGGUGAUCAAGCCCAAGUGGAUAUAUACCGUGAUCGUAUUUUUGAAUUGAAUCAGCUUGGUGAAGAAAAAUCGAAAAAAGACACAUCGCAUUUGGAAGCAUUCACUAAACUGAAUGAACGAAAUCGCAAAUCGAAUUUUACUGAAGGACGAGAAGCAGAGAAGAAUUUGCUUGAACUAAAGAAAUCUAAAGGCACUGUUGCUUACGAUCCAUUUGCCAGGCGUAAAACGGCACCAAAGCAUGUUGUUAACAGAAUUGACGCCAAAGAAUCUGAUCCAACCGAUAAUGACGCCACAUUAGAAACUGUGCCAGAUAAAACAGACACCACAAGCAAUCUCACUUUAAUUUCAAUUUCUCGAUCGUCAAAAACAAAUCCUCAAAAACAGUUGGUGCAAGUAUCCAUGUAUGACGAUUUUCUUGACUCUGUUGAUGUGGCAGGACUUGAAAAUGAGCUUCAUGUCAACCCAUAGGUGUUGACGGUUGAUGAAUAAAAAAACUUGAUUUGUAUGUUUG